AUGCCUGAGGUCGUGCGCGGUAGCAGAGCAAGCGUGGACUUGCCCCGGCAAUCUUCAAGCCAGCUCAGAGUUCGCUUCGGUCCUGAAUCCCCUCCUCUACAAGAAUCAUCGUCUCAACAACCCCUGAGUCCGACGGAAAGCCCGGGACCGGCUCAUUUGGGAAUUGGGCGAAAGAGCACAGAGGGCAUUCGGCCCAUACAGCGUCGACAGAGCGAACGACUCGAAGACAGACCAGACGCCAACGUCUACUAUGAUAGCAGAGCCGCCACGAAACGCGAGUUCAAGAGACGAGCAAGCACUCUGCAGGAAUACUACAAGCAAAACCCAACAUUACUACCACAGCUACCAUUCACUUGGCGACAUGGCUGGCGACGAUGGAAGUUGUUCAUGCUCAUUUUCCUCAUUUUUGUGGACGCUUGCGUUAUACCCAUUGUUUUGUACUACGCACUGAAGUUCGCUGGUGAUGUUGAAGGAUGGAUUAUCUUUGCCGUUGUUGCGACAAUCUGGGGUGGUCCGACCUAUGUCGAAUUCGGCGUGCGUUCCUGGCGUCUGAUCAAGAAGGAAGACUUCUUUCGGCCACUUGGAACAAGGAAUCGCUGGGCUUUCGAUUACCUUAACUGGCUGUCUUCAUUGGCCAUUGCUGUUAUCACAGCCUUUCUCAUCAUCGGGUCUGCGCCCCAUAUCGUCUGGCUACGCAUUCUGUCGCUCCCCGGCCCUGGGCUAUUGCUCGUGCUUGGGGUAGGUAUCCUCUUCCCAACCAUCUACCAUGUCCGCAAGAAGCCCGCACCUUUCCGCAUCAGCUCGACUGGAAAAGGUGAGGUGGUCCGGCCUGGCGUCUUCUACAUCUGUGAAGACGUUAUCGCUGUAAAUGCCAAUGCCGGUCGACCAUAUCGGGAAGCCAUUCAUGCUCGCUUCGAGGCGAGCCCAAUGUUUCAGCAAAUGAUGCGAACUCUGUCUUGGGCCUGGUCCAUCCCCCCCAUCAUCAUUGGUAUUGUCCUCAUAGUAAUCAUUUGCAUUCACGAGGUGUCCAAAGAGGUUGCCUACGGUCUUGGCUGGGGUCUUCCAUUCUUUUGGGCUCUGAUCUGGGGUCUUGCUUCAGUCCCGUAUGUCCGGUGGGCCAUGGCUAAGGAAACCGAAGCUUGGGAGAAUGACCAAAUACUCGAUCCGGAGCGGAAGCUGGCCGAAAUCGACUCGGCACCGCCAAGCGAGCGCGAGCCAGAGCAAACAAACGGCACAACAAAUAUCGCCCCGGAACGGUCGAUAGAGCAGUCGCACGAACCUGCACCUAUUGCCACUGGUACUACUAGUGCCCCAGAAACAGAUAACAAAGACACACCCACCAGGGGCUCAUAG